AUGCUCGCCCCAAGUAUUACACAGAGUGUUGCUAACUACUACCAGCAUUACAUUGCCAAUGAACAAGAAACGAAUAGAAAUCCUUCCGGUAAUGUCCAGUCUGUGUCAUCUAACAUCGAUGACAGGACGAUGCAUGAGGUCUAUCUCUGCAAGAUCCUCAAUGGCCUCCUGAAGACCAAACUGGGCUUCCAAGGUUUGGUGUUGAGCGACUGGGGAGCACAGCAUGCCGGAGUUGCUACUGCGCUGGCGGGACUGGAUAUGGCCAUGCCUAAUGGAGAUGCUCUUUGGGGCUCACACCUGGUCGAAGCUAUUACCAAUGGCUCUGUACCAGAGUCCCGCCUUGACGAUAUGGUCACGAGGACUAUUGCUGCGUGGUAUCUGAUGGGUCAAAAUAGGGGCUUCCCUGAGCCCGGAAUCGGUAUGCCAAUCAACCUCGUCCAGCCUCACCGAGUGGUGGAUGCGAGAAAUUCGUCAUUCCGGUCUACACUUUUUGAAGGCGCUGUAGAAGGCCAUGUUCUUGUCAAGAACAUACGAAAUGCUCUCCCACUGAAGCAGCCAAAACUGCUCUCUAUAUUCGGUUAUUCAGCGAAGAACCCCGAUCAUAACCAUCCCACUGGGGGCUUGUCGGCGUGGCUCUGGGGUUCAGAGCCCUACAGCUUCUCAGAGUUCAGGGACGCGUUUUACUGGGGUAAGGCAAUUCAGACCCCCAUUGCCUUCAAUGGCACACUUUACUCGGGAGGUGGUUCCGGUGCUACUUCACAGUCACUCGCGGUCUCUCCUUUCGAUGCCCUCAUUGAGCAAGCUUAUGAUGACGGAACCGCGCUAUUCUGGGACUUCUAUAGCGGCACGCCAGAUGUCAAUCCUAUGUCGGACGCAUGCCUGGUGUUCGGCAACGCCUACUCGACUGAAGGUGCUGACCGUCCUUGCGCACGGGACGAUUUCACCGAUAACCUGAUUAAGCACGUCGCUGACCGGUGUAAUAACACUGUUGUAAUCUUUCACAAUGCUGGUAUCCGGCUGGUUGACCAAUUUGUCGACCACCCCAAUGUCACAGCGCUCAUUUUCGCUCACCUUCCAGGCCAGGCAUCAGGCAAGGCCCUCGUCUCUCUCCUCUACGGCCGCUCCGAUUUCUCUGGAAAACUGCCAUACACGAUCGCGCGCAACGAAUCCGACUACUCUGUCCUCGGCCCGGACCUGCCACAAGGCAUCUUCACAUCAUUUCCUCAGAGCAACUUUACUGAGGGUGUGUUCAUUGACUAUCGCCACUUCGAUGCCCACAAUAUCACACCUCGGUACCCGUUCGGGUUUGGCCUCAGCUACAGUUCGUUCAACUACAGCAAUUUGGUCAUUCAAAAGCGUGAAGAGCAGGACUUUGGCGAGUACCCUACCGGCCUUAUAGUAGAAGGCGGUCAAGAGGAUCUCUGGGACGUGUUGAUUCUAGUCUCAGCCGACGUCAGUAACGGCGGUGAUGUGGCUGGGGCCGAAGUAGCACAGCUGUAUCUGGGAAUUCCGGCAGAAGGAGCACCUAUUCGGCAGUUAAGAGGGUUUGAGAAGCCGUUUUUGAAUGUAGCAGAGACAGCAACAGUACGUUUUGAGUUGACUAGGAGAGAUCUGAGUGUGUGGGAUGUGAUAACACAAAAGUGGAGGCUGGUUCGGGGCGAAUUCACCGUUGAGGUGGGAAGCAGCAGUAGGGACCUGCCACUGAAGGGCAAGUUUGUGAUUUGA